AGGAGGAACGUCUGGUCCGGCUGAUUGAAACCCAGCUUUGUGUUGGAUCGGCGUGACAAAUCUCAACACAGAAAGCAUCUUACUUAAUUUGUGUUUGAUGUAAAAAAGCAGCAGAACCACCUGGUUCCUGUGACUUGGUGUCGUGGCGCAGCCUGAGAAGCCAAUGUAGGGCACAUUUCCCCCGGAUGUUUGUCGGAUCCAGGACUACUUCCGCCCAGAGCAGAAUGAAUGUGGGUGUGGCACACAGUGAGGUGAACCCAAACACUCGGGUCAUGAACAGUCGUGGGAUCUGGCUGACCUAUGCCCUGGGGGUUGGAAUACUUCACAUGGUGCUCCUGAGCAUCCCCUUCUUCAGCGUGCCCGUGGUGUGGACGCUCACUAACGUUAUACACAACUUUGGAAUGUACGUGUUCAUGCAUGCGGUGAAAGGAACACCAUUUGAAACUCCAGACCAAGGCAAAGCCAGACUUCUCACACAUUGGGAGCAGCUGGACUACGGCGUGCAGUUCACUUCCUCCAGGAAGUUCUUCACCAUCUCUCCCAUCGUUCUAUACUUCCUGGCAAGCUUCUACACAAAGUAUGACAGCGCGCACUUUGUCAUAAACACGGCCUCGCUCCUGAGCGUUCUGAUCCCCAAGCUGCCCCAACUGCACGGAGUUCGGAUUUUUGGCAUCAACAAGUAUUAAUUCAUGUAGAGGUUGAGACGUGUGCAGCAGUGUGGACCAAUUCGUACAGUUUGUGUAAAUGUCUCUGUCGUCGUUUAGGUGCAUCGGGUUUAAAACAAACACCAGUAGGUUUGUCGUAUGCAUUACUAACUUAUUUGAAUAUUUAACAUGAUGUAUUUGCGGCCUGCGUAGACCUGGGCUGGCCCAGGAACCGGGAGGCCUGUUUUGUUUGUUUCUUCGCCCUCAAGUCACACGGCAACGAGUCCAGAGACCCCUAAAUGUAUUUUUCAAAGAUGUUUACUUCCUAAUGGUCGGGCUCUGUGGGUCGGUGGUACUCUCUCAUUUUGUAAUGGGUGUAAACUUGUUAAUGCUGAGUCUAGAAUAGAAUCACUCUUUAUCUGCACGUGAAUACCAGGGCGCGCCGUCUCAUUGUACAGUUGUUUAUUUGGUGAAUGUCAUGUACGUUAAUGACAAAGCCCUGUGUAGAAAUUUGAUAAAUUCUUGUUGUCUGAUGAGUGUUUCCUGAGGUUUACGGUCUCUGAUCGAUUUGCGUUCAUGUAGCUGCUCUAUUCUAUUUGACUUUAUCGUUAAGGCAGCUCCUCCUACUUUGUUUGGCCAUCGUUCUGUUUCUUAAUCUCAUUAAAAAGUGCGUGUCCUCCAACUGUUUCUUCUGACUGUUGUGCAUAAGCAUGUUUAUGGAAUAUCAAGAAUGUAAUCAGAUUAUUUCUAUUUAUUUGUGCAUUCUCUCAGAUUAUGAAGGAAUUUUAUACAUGGCUUACUUUAAGACAAAUACAGUCCAUUUACUACCCA